AUGGAAAAAGAAAUCUUCCUUGGAAUUUUCACUCUUAUUGUUUUUUUUCAGAGUGGGCUAUUCGGUUGCUUCACCAACUGGUCGGUUGUUUUCUUUUCGAGUAGCGUUCCAACUCUUCGGAGCUCUUUUGGAAUACUCUCGGCACAUGGUGCAUUUGCAACGGCAAUUUAUUGUACUAUUGCAGUUGUAUGGAUAACUCCCAUGAUGCUUCUGUAUGUUGUUUUUGACAUUAUAAAUAUUGAAUUUACGAGUUUCAGAGAAGUCGACUGGUUAUAUAAAAAAUCCCACCACGCAGGUUUUGUUUUAUAUCUUUGCUAUGAUCUUGCAACUGAAACUCAUCUUCUCAUAUGUUUGAAUCGUUUCUGUGCAGUAUGGUUUCCUCAUAAAUAUCCAAUUAUAUUCAAUAACUCUUAUACUUAUACUAUGCUUGUGUUUUUGUGGAUUGUAUGUCUUCUCAUUUGUGUGACAGUUUUUCCUCUUUCCGGCUGUCAAAUGUAUUACGAGAGGUCUAUAUUUACUCUGAUAUACACUCUCACUCCAGAAUGUCAGUAUCUGACUUUUAUCGCGGAUUUUCAGUUGCACAUGGUCGUAGUUGUCAUUAUGAUUGUAUUUAAUUUAAUCACAUUCUACCAAUUUAGACGUCAAAACAGAGCGGUUUCCAUUACCUUGAAUCAUGCGUCAUCUCAACGGAAAGCAAAGUCCGAAAAGAACUUUCUGAUGCAAACUUUUAUACAAGAAAGUGCAUAUGCAACUGCUCUAUUGUCGUACUUUUUGCUAGUAACAAUUAUCGAAAAUGAGUUGCUCCGAUUCAUAAUCAUACUUCUUCCUUGGUAUUUUGUGCAUGCAUUUGAAGGGAUGGUUACGAUUCUUUGUAAUCCUGAAUUGAAGAAAAUAUGUUUCAAGAAGUGGUUUUUUUGCUGUAACACAUCCGAUGAUGUACCGACAAGAACUGUGGAAGCAUGGAGGUCAACUACAUCCCGUGUUUCGAAAUUUUAA